AUGUGUGAUCAAAUUGAACGCGUUGAGCGUGCGCUUAUAAAGGUACAGGCGGAACAUAAUUCUUUAGAGCUCAUUGUCAUCGCUAUGAAGAAAAGAGCACUGAUCAUAAUCGAUCGACUCUUGUUGCUUUUGCGCUUUGCAACACAGCCAAAGCUACGUGAAAGGCGUGUGACGUCUUCCAAUAGUAAAAAAAUAAGUUCUAUCAGCGUCUACACUUCUUAUCUUGCACGUCGAGGAAAUAGAGGUAGCGAUACAGAAAUCAUAAAAGUCUUAAUGCAUUUCGCUGAGUCGAGGGACCUGUCACUGUCAGACGAAAAAAACUCGGUGACAGCUUUGCUGAUGUUUAAUAAGAGGGCAACGGAGACUGACGAGACUGACAAUCUCAGUGAGACUAGCAAAUUGUACCUGUUUAAGCGUCGUACGGACCUGGCUGUAAAGUUUGAGCAAUUCGCCAUUUCGGAGUCGUCCUUGGUCCUACAAUUUGACAAGCAUGACUCUAACUAG